AUGAGUAGAGACUCUCAGAUCCCCCUUCUAGGUCUUGUCAGAAAGCUCUCAGGGGAUGGGCUGGUGUCGUUUGGGGCUGGUUCUACAGAGGGCCAGUCCCCUGGGGUUACAGUAAACCUCUGCAUUAUGGGUAAUCUGACUGAAAGUUAUAACAGUGGCUCAGAAAAUGCAGGGACAUCUACAGAGGAGAGUUCUGAAGAUGAGGAGGAUUCUGACGGCGCUGCUGAGAAAGGAGGAGAAUCAGAGGAGCCUGACGUUGAGGAUUCCUGUAAUGAAUCGGAGUCGGCUCCUCAACCUGAUGCAGAGGUGUCCCUUGCUAAAGAUGUGCCCCCCAAGACAUGUGAAAAAUGCAAGGCUAUCCAGCAGAGUCAAGGCAAUGAUCUGGUUACUCCCAGGAAGAUCUCUAAAGGACGCCUACAGGUGCAGCUGGAGGGAGAGGGGGCAUAUGAGUGCUCCGUCACCGGCCUGGUGUUUGAGGUGUCGGAGAGAGUCCUGAUCCGCUACUCGGUCCUGUCCUGGUCCAAGUUCGGCAUGUUCCUCGGGGACUCCUGGAGGUUCGCUGGGCCCAUCUUCAACGUGGACUGUGUCAACAGCCCCUCAUCCAUCCUGACCUCCAUCCAGUUCCCCCACUCCCUCUGCCUCGCUGACCCCGACAGUGAAAUGACCUUCAGUGUCCUGCAUAUGAAGGACAGCUGUCCGGUGAUUGAGCCCUCGGUUGACCACUCUGGCAGCCAUGUAAAGUGGCGUGUGUCGUCCCUGUCCCCGGUGGGGCCCAUUGUCCAGAGCAGCAAGCCUGUAGAGCACCACGGGGUGGUCCUGGUGUUUAAGGAACUGGCUCUGAACAACUCCUACUCCUUUCGCAUUUACCUGGCCACCAACAACUCCUCCGACAUUAAGGACAUAGGGAAGGAGGUGCGUUGCUCCAAGAGGCGUUACCUGAAGGUAGAAAAGCCACCCACCUGUAAGCUGGAUGAGAGGAGGUACCGCCUCAUGAGUGAACCAGAGGGAGACAUCAGCCCUGCGGACUUGCAGUUCACGCUGGCCGUGACUAAAUUGAAGGGAUAUUUUGAGGCGUUCUUUGAGCAGCCCCCUCCCUUCAAGCUCUCCCUCAUAGAGACAGAGUCCGACCAGACUGUGUGGUCAGCCACCAUCAGAGAAGGUGACUGUGUGGACAAUGCAGUUGAAAAACCAAGGAAACGGACAGAUACACUUUUCAUCCAUCAUUAA